UGUCAAACUCGUGGUUAUCAAUCACGUACGAUGUUCAUGUACAUUAAUGAUAAGCAAUACAAUUAUCUAGCUUUAAAGAUCAUAUUUUUUUUUUAUAAAGUUUUAGAAUCGUAAACAUGACUUUACCAUUACCUAUACCACCUUGUGCAAAAAGAGAUGGCUUAAGUGGUCUUAGCUGUGAACGCUUUGAGUACGCAAGUACUAUGGCCACAACAUUAUUAGCUCCAGUAAAAACGGAGCGUGAAAUUCUUGAACACUCUAUGUCUGAAGAUGAUCCAAAUGCCAAUGUUCAACCAAGAAGUGAAGCAGGCAGGCCCCGGUGGGGUCCUCGUCACCGAGGUGCACAAGAACUUGCGGAAUUAUAUAGUCCAGGAAAACGGUUGCAAGAAUGGGUAUGUGUUGUAGUCUGCUGUACACUGUGCAUAUGUGCAGGCCUUCUAAUGGCUAAAUAUCUACGUGCUGAUGCUUCAUUGUUACUGGCAGCUAUAGCUGGUGUUCUCACAGCAGACUUUGCCUCGGGCCUAGUUCAUUGGGCAGCUGACACCUGGGGAGCAGUAGAUUUACCAAUAAUAGGCAAGAAUUUUUUGCGGCCAUUUCGUGAACAUCACAUCGAUCCAACAUCAAUAACACGUCAUGAUUUUGUAGAAACGAACGGUGAUAAUUUUGCUAUCACCAUACCGGUGUUGGCGAGAAUCGUUUGGCAGUUGCUUAGUUAUGAUACCUCGCAGAUUGAUGAUCAAUUUCAUUGGAUUGCGUAUUGGUAUUUGUGCUGCAUUUUUGUGGCCAUGACUAAUCAGAUUCAUAAAUGGUCACACACAUACUUCGGCCUGCCCGCGUGGGUGGUGUUAUUGCAAGAGUGGCACAUAAUAUUGCCGCGUCGACACCACCGCAUACAUCAUGUGGCGCCGCACGAGACUUACUUUUGUAUAACUACUGGCUGGCUAAACUGGCCUUUAGAAAAACUGCACUUUUGGUCGACGCUUGAAAUUAUUAUAGAAGCUUUAACAGGCUGCAAGCCUCGCGCCGAUGAUAUGAAAUGGGCCCAGAAACGUUCCUAGAAUUGAUUCUGUCCAUUGUAACAAUUUUAUACCGCUACAGCUAGACUUAAAUAACUGUUGAUAUAUUAAUAAUAACAAUAAUUUGCUACGAAGAUUUUCUCGCUGUUAUAAGUUAUAUUGCUUAAGGAUAAUUAUUGUUAUAAAAAAACUAUACAUAUAUUUACUAAUGGGUCGGCAAGAAAUCGUUUUGAUAUUUUUUGCAUUUUUAUAAUAACUUUGGUUAGGUUUUGAUCGAUUAAAUAAAUAAUUUUAUCUAAUUAAAAACUAUCAAUUUAACAAACGAGUGAAUAUUAUAUUCCGCCUGGGGUUUCCUUUACCUUAGCAUUGUACAUAUAAGGCUACUGAAAACACAUAAAAAUAAGUAUAAUUGAUAUAAUUUUCAUGGGAAACGUCAUAAAUGUGUUAAGAUUGUCCAAAUAUUAACUAAGUUGUUGUGGCCUUGCUUCUCUUUGAGAUUAAAAGUGAAGAAGACUGGUUAAAUGCAAAUACGAUAACCUAUAAAAUAU